AUGCAGAAUAUAUCAGCAUACAAUGAGAUCUUGUCGCUAUUUGACUCUGGUAAUAUCGGAAACUACGACAUUUCGGAGGCAUGUAUGAGUCCCAUGAACUCGCGAACACUAACCAUUACCUUUUGCUCCAGACCAGAUCCCAUGCCUCCUGGUGCUGAUAACUCACCAGCUGAGCAUAGAAGCUGGUUUAACUUUCUUGUGCAUAAUCCCUCCGGCCUUGAUGUGGAUGUUUUGAUAUUCCAGUGGAUAAAUGCUCCCUCCCCUAGAAGACAGGUUAAGACCGGCUAUAGACCAGUUUAUAGAACUAUAUCGAGAGCGUACAAUUCAGCCAUACAGGCCUUAAAGAAGGCUGAGGCGUCUGGGGUCCCCGACUACUCUAUCGUACUUCCAACACACAAUCAACUCCCAUUUAGAUAUACAGAAGCAGAAAGCUUCACAAAUAGCAUGGGUGCAUUCUUAGGAUUUAGUAUUAGGGUCCCUCGCGGUACAACGUGUGUACAGAUUGCAUUCACCUUUCCCUAUCCUUUAAACGAGAUCUUUCUUCGCAUGCGAGAGCUUAGAGCUUUAUACCCUGUUACAGAAGAGCAGUUGAACGAUGAGACUAUACUGUACCGCAUUGCACGUCACCCCGGAUUGCCAAUAUUGUACUUUAGUGCGCGCUGCCAUCCAGGCGAAACUCCAGGAAGCUACGUCUUAGAAGGGAUUCUCAAAGACAUAAGCAAGCUUCUUAAUUGGUUUGAAAUUUGGAUUGUUCCAGCCAUAAAUGCAGAGGGAAUAAGGUGUGGACAUUACAGGACUGAUGCAGCAGGAAAUGAUCUUAAUAGAUGUUAUAUUGAAAACUCUUCAUUGGUUACAGGAAAGAUUCUUUCUAAAAUUAAGACCCAGGGCACGAAUACCGGGAUAUUUCAACCUUCAUCUGAACGACUCAUUAAGGUCUUCCGCCGCAUCUGCCAUACGCCUACCUUCAGAAGCUUUGCGGAGCCCAGACCUCCUUCUGACAUAAAUGCUGCAAUAGAGUCUUCUGACUUAAAUACUCGGCAGACGUGCCUUUACCCAAUGAGCUGCAAUAGCCUCACUGGAUUGACAGGCUCUGCAUCCCAAUCAACACCUUCAGAUGCUCGUGAGAUGGUUAAUUUACCUAAGGAUUUGUCUAAUAGUUAUCACACAGAAUCAGUGAUCACUCCUGUAGGGUCCCUUCGCCUGUCCGCCACUAUCAGAUCCCCGCUCUCUAUGAGUACUAUCUCCCCUGUUUUAAUGGAGGCUCCUAUUCAUAGUCCCAGAGAAAAGCGGGGUAACACCAUACACACCAUAGUUAUACAGCCUAACCCCCCUGUUGAAUAUACGACUAAACAGUGCGUAAUCUUUUGCCUAGAUUUGCAUGCGCAUGCGUCCAUUCCAAACUGCUUUCUGUUUGGCAAUUCACAGAUUGGUGACGCAUCACCAGAAUUCGAUAAUAUCUUAGAUUGCAGCAUGGCAGAGCUGAGAUCUCUCCUUUUCCCUGUCAUUGUGCAAUCAUCAAUUAAGGGCUUUGACAUCAUGCGCUCAGACUUUAGUCCAUGCUCUAUGUACAAGCAGGACAAGUGUGGCAACAGUUACAAGCACACCAUGCGAGUAGGGCUUCAUAGCAUCACAAAGCUUCCUAACAUAUAUUGCUUCGAAACACAUUACUAUAGGCAAGUUAAGGCAAAGAAGACCAGCCGCAUUGGUGUCCCGGGUUUCAUUGCAAUGGGUCAGGGACUUGUGUCUGCCAUAGAAGCGUACUUUAGACUCGACCCUCCAGUCGUUCUCAGUGCUCUACGCAGACUUGAGCUAUAUGCAAACCGUAUCAACGUUGAUACCAGGUUUUAUGUACUUCUAAAGGAGCUUAAAACAAGGCUCGGAAAAGAUUAUUUCUCACGAAUAUACGAGCUCAUCUUCGAUCAGUUUGACAACCAGUGCUGUGGCAGUAUUCGCCGUAGAUUGUGA